AUGGAUUCAGAAACGAUGGACCAAUUGAUUCAACGCCACAAAAAGGAAAACAAGGAUCUCAUCGCAACAAUCACAGGAUUGAAGAAACAAGCAACCAAAAAGACCAGAAAAUCGGUAUUAAGUAAAUGUCAGGAACUAGAGGACGCCUUGAAGAAGAAGCAUACUGAGGAGUUGGCUCUGUUGGAGAAUCCCGAUGGCCAGGGUCAUGAAGAUCAAAAAUUGACACCAGAGCAAUUGCUAGCUGAACUCUCAGUUAGUGAAAAAGCAGAAGAUAUCGAGCCUUCACAGGUGGGAGAACCUGACAAGGAGCUGCAUACCGAAAACCAAUCUGGACCAAAGAGGCGAAACCGUCAAAAGGAACGAUUAGCCAAACGCAAGGCCGAAAUUGAACGAGUGCAAGCUGAAGCCAGAGAGGAAACUGCCAACUCGAUUGAUUAUAGACAAAUCGAAAUAGAUUCAAUGAGUCAACUACUUGCCGCUAACAAUUUGAAGUUGUACGAAAUCAAACCCGAUGGCCACUGUCUCUUUGCAUCGAUCCAAGACCAAUUAUUGCAACGUCACCACAUUGACAAGCCUAUACAAGAAUUGCGUGACCUAUCAGCUGCGUACAUCCUAUCACACAAGGAUGACUUUGUACCGUUCUUGUUUGAUGAACAAAUGGGGGAAAUUAGAGACAUUGAUGAUUAUUGUCGUGAAUUGACCUCAACCGCAAUGUGGGGCUCUGACAUGGAGAUUUUAGCCUUGGCCAAAGUGUUCAACUGUUGUAUUGCUGUCCACGUAGCUGGUGCUGCCACCUUGAAGAUAAAUGAGGAAGCCAACAUUGAUGCUUUAGCUAAGAAGGAAGAGGGAGAGGAGGAUGGCAGUCCAGAAUUACAAUUGGGAUACUAUAAACAUUCGUAUGGAUUAGGAGAGCAUUAUAACUCAUUGAGGGAUGCUUGA